AUGGGAAAAUCUGUAUUAGGAAGAAAAAUUCACAAUUUUUAUCACAAUCUCUCGUCAUUGUUUAUCAAAGAGUUGGAGGAAUUUAGAUCAAAGCUUGACGCAACCAAGCAAACUGCAGAGGCUAGUGCUGAUUCUGCUCAAUCUACACAUAUCCAAUGCUCAAUGCUAAAAAAACAACUUGACGACAAAACACGUUCUCUUAGAGAACACGAAGACCGUGUAACUCAGCUCAGUCAUCAGCUUGAUGAUCUACAGAGAGAUUUAAGCCUGAGAGAGUGCUCAGAAAAGCAACUUAGAGACGAAGUUAUGAGAAUCGAGCGUGAGGUUAGAGAGACCAUUGCAAAGGCUGGGAUAGGUGGCAUAGACUGCGAGCUCCGGAAACUUAUAGAAGAUAUCUCUCCAAUGAAAUUCGAGACGAUGAAUAGACGAGUUGAGGUAAAAGACGGAGAGAUUACAAAACUGAAAGAUGAGAUAAGGCUAAUGUCAGGUCACUGGAAACAUAAGACUAAGGAACUCGAAUCUCAGCUGGAGAAGCAGAGAAGAACUGAUCAAGAUUUGAAGAAGAAAGUACUGAAACUAGAGUUCUGUCUACAAGAAACACGAAGCCAGACAAGAAAGCUGCAGAGGAAAGGAGAGAGAAGGGACAUGGAGAUCAAAGAGAUAAGGGAUCUGAUGUCGGAGAAACAAGAGCUUAAUGAGUCUUGGGAUAAACAGAAGUUCUGGGACAAUCCAGGGUUCAAGAUCGUUGUAUCAAUGUCUAUGUUGAUGUUAGUGGUAGUCUCCAAGAGAUGACUUUGUCUUUUUUUGGUAUUGUAUAAAUUUAGUUGGAGAUAGUUGAUGAAAAUUUAACUCAUGUAGUAAUUGGUAGUCGUGUAUGUGUUAGUAAAAAGUAAAAACAAGCUCCCGUUUAACAAAACUGCCAAUGCUCUUUACUUCUUAGAUACUCUG